AAAAGUUAAUUAAAUAAUUCAUGCAAAAUAAUUAUUGUGCUUAUUAAUACUUUUUAUAUAAAAACAAUAAUAUGAAUAAUUUAACAGACGCACAUUGGUUUCCUCUAACAUCACAAGGAAACAUUUAUUCAAUGACAAAAUUGUGUUCUGCCAAUGGUUCUAAUAAAGUAUUAGUAGCUUCUCUAAAAAGGAAAAUAUAUUCCUGUGAAUAUCAUUUAAUGCCAAAUCUACAUUUAAGGCCAUUGGUUAAAGAAUUACUUUUUACAUACAUUCCUAGUGGUGCAGAAAUUAUAUCUAUUGAUGCUUAUAAUAAAAUCGAUAGUGGCGAUGGAUUUGUAAUAGGAAUAACUAUUUUAAAAGCAAGUACAGAUACAUCUGUAGAAAGAUAUUUAAAUAUAUAUACAGAAGGUGCUAUAGAUGGAGAAGGAGAUGAAGGAAGUUCAAUUGAAGCUAUAGCACAAAAUUGCCUUAUGGUUGAAUUAUCAUAUACACCAUAUCAUUUAUAUCAUACAAUAUUACCACAACAAAAUGCUUCUAAUGAGGUUGUUUGGCUACUCUCUGGUAGUGAUUAUAAAAUACAUAUGAUCAGAGAAGAUAAAUUAAAUCACAGUUAUAGUGAAUCAUCUAUUGAAAAAUAUUUUCCUGAAUUGUAUGAUAUUCAAGGAAUUGCAAUAUGGAUUAAUAUUUAUUAUUAUGAUAGUUAUAAUUGGAGAUUGACAGUAAUUGGUUGUGAAUGUGGUUUAGUCAAUGUAGCUAUAAUUAAUAUUCCGGAAUUAAAAAUUUGCCAAAGUUGGAAAUUAAGAUAUGACAAACCUAUCUGUAGUGUAUCUAUUUUUCCGCUACAAAAUAAUAUAGGAAAACCUUCUUUUGUUAACUCUAAAAAUUCCAAAAUGUUUUUAAAUGAUCAAGAAAAUAAAUUGAAUGUUCUUAUUGUAAAUACAAAUAAUGCAAUUGUUUUCAUGGAUAUUCUAAGUAAUGGAAUGAAUGAAGAUAUAAUAUUAAAUGGUAGUGAAACAACUGAUUGCAUUUUAUGUUCUUGUGUUGCUGAUAUAAAUAUGGAUGGUCAGAAUGAAAUACUACUGGGAACUUAUGGUCAAGAAGUUCUUAUCUUUUAUUUCAUAAAUAAUACAUGGGAAUUGAUAAUCAGAAAAUUAUUUGAUGCUCCAGUACAUUCUAUAUGUUAUAUGGAUAUUACCAAUGAUGGAAUGAAAGAACUUAUUGUUCUUACACAACGUGGAGUGCAUAUAUUGCAGAUAUCAAAGAUAAAUGGAAAAAACGAUAUAAAAAAUUCUUGAAAAAGAAUAAGGUACA